ACUUACGCGUAAACGGCCGCAGUUAUAUUCUGAGCGUGAUUUGAAUACAAUGUUUAAAGCCAGUGGGGUCAAUUUGCUGGACGUGCCGCCUGAGCAGGUGAAAAGCUGGCUGGAUAGCUUUGACACAGUAAUUAGUGAUUGCGAUGGUACGCUCUGGCAGCAUGAAACGGCAAUUGAAGGUGUUGUCGCUGUAAUGAAUGCCUUGCAACUGCGUGCCGGAAAACAAGUGUAUUUAAUUACAAACAAUGGACUGAAGACGCGACACGAACUUUGGCAGCGUGCCCAAAAUUUGGGCUUUGAGCUGCCCAGCGAGGAGCACAUCAUUUCGCCCACGCAAACAAUUGUGGAUUAUCUCAAGCAAUGCGCGACAUUUGACAGCACAAAGAAGGUUUUUGUGAUUGGCAAUACGGCCAUAGCAAGAGAGCUAAAAGCAGCCGGCAUCGAGAGCUUUGGAGCGGGCGAGGCGGAUCAACUGCAGCCAGACGACACCUGGCAGCAGUUCGUUCAACGUGAGCUUACACAGCCCGCAGCCGCAGAGCAUGUGGGCGCCGUUGUUGUCGGCUGGGAUGAGCACUUUAGCUACUGUAAGGUAGCGCGUGCCUGUCACAUUCUCAGCAGCAAUGAGAGCUGCGCCUUUUUGGCCACCAAUAAGGAUGAGGUGCAUAGGUAUCCCAAAUUCGCCAUGCCCGGCACUGGUGCCUUUGUGUCCGCCAUUGAAACCUGUGCGCAGCGCGAGGCGACAGAAAUGGGCAAACCAAAUCCGCUCGUAAUACAAUCACUGAUUGACGCAGCUGCUCUGCAGCCUGAACGCACGCUAAUGAUUGGGGACUGCCCCAAAGUUGAUGUCGCCUUUGCUAGAAACUGCAACAUGCAAUCGCUUUUGGUUGGCACAGGCAAUUAUCAGUUGGAAACGCUGUGCGGCAAGCAGCUGCCCAUGCCAGAUGUUUAUCUGCCCCGAUUGGGCAAUCUCUUGCCAUAUAUUUAAGCAACUUGCAUAAACAAUAAACGCUGAAGACAUAAAUGGGCUAAAUCAACAUAAUAAUUCGUCGGCUUUUAUCAUACGUAUAUCAUAUAUGACUAUGAUAACAGAUAACAAAAUUUGCUGAUUGAAAUGCGCAUUAGUUGUAGUAUCAAUUGAUUUAUUAGAGUUUGUU